AUGGCAUCUCCGGUGAGAAUCAUGAACGAGCGACCAUUGUCGAUAUCGGCUCGCGACGAGGAAAACCCGCCCGAGGUGGGUGAUGAUUUAUCCCCGCGCGGCCGGCCCGCUGCUGGAGAGGACGACUCGUCCUCUUCAGAUUCCUCUUCCCGACAUCACCACCAGCUCUCCAUCUGGCAGACGAUUCUGUUCGGGCAGCUCUGCGCUCUGCUGGUUUCCGGCACGAACGUCACCGGCGGGGAAUUAGCUGCGCGCAAGUUCGACAAGCCAACAUUCCAGUCCAGCUUGAACUACGUUUUGUUGUUAGUUGUUUACGGGACCGCGAGUCUCGUACGGUUCUUUUCAAGUAGAGCGAAGAGAAAACAAGAGAUCAUGACGUCCUGCUCCAUGAGAGCUGACAGUGCCGCAGGUGCUGGAACUGCGUCUCGUCGUGAAAUCAACAUACUCCGGGACCACCACGACACUGGCGACCUGACGAUGCCCUUGGUGCAAAAGAGCAGCUCAGGGCUGGUACAACCUCUGGCACGACCGGGCACGACCACAGCGGAUGCAGAUGGAAUCCUCAGUGCAGCAUCAAGGAAGGAGUCAAACGAUGCUGGAACUCCUGCGUCGCAUUUUUCAUCACGCUCGAGAAGAGCAACCGCGCCUCCUUGUACCCAGCGCGUGAUCUCCGUCCUCCGCCGCGUCGCGUUUGCGGCUUGUGACGUCGAGGCGAAUUAUCUAGCCGUUUCCGCUUUUCAGUACACGUCGGGAAUCAGCAUAUCUCUGAUUCUCUCCUCCACGGCCCCCUGGGUGAUGCUGUUUGGCUUCCUGACGAAGAUGAAAACGAAAUACACGCUUUGGCAGUUUCUGGCGGUUUUCGUCUGUCUCGGCGGUCUGGGCUUGACCGUGUACGCCGAUUACAUGCGUCAGGAGUGGCUAAAAACAAGCGAGGAAAAUGAGGGUGAAGAGGACGGUGCUGACAACGGUGCGGCUGGUGCUUGUCCCAGCGCCGACCCAGUGCGGGGAGACCUUUACGUGGUGGCAGCAGCCAUUCUUUACGCGGCGAGCAAUCUGCAGCAAGAGUGGUUUUUGCAGCAUCAGGAAGGGAAAGUGGGUGAACAUCAAAGUCAAAGUGUCGAAGAUUGUUCCAUAUCAUCAUAUCCUGGAAUAAACCGAAACCUCGACAACUCCUCGGCGACAAAUGGUGAUCAUGAAGUUGACGCAAGGAGAAGAAGUAGAACAAACGCACAAAUAAAGAGCACUGCUACAACUGCAUCUGCAAGUCCUAGCCGGAUAAGCAAAGCCCAUGCUGCCCAACAUGCAGUCACCACAGAAGACGAGGAACUCAGCGAUGGCGACGAGGAAACCAGCGUCUGGCUUUCAAAGCAACUCAGCUUGCCACGGAGCGGGGGUUCAGGUGAGCACCAGCCGGCACAACCCAACGACCCUCCCCAGUCCUCCCACCAUGCGGAACAUCAUCAAACGACCGAGCUGUACCGCACCCUCUGGCUGCUGGGCGCUUUCGGCACGGUGAUUUCGAUCAUUCAGUUUUUCAGCUUGGAAUUCACCACGAACGCCCUGGACAAUUCCUGGCAGCCGCUGCGGGAGAGCUACGAGGUGGUGUUGCUGGUGUUAGCCUUCCAACUCUGCCUGUUUUCCAUGUACACCUGCUGUGCGUUGUUUUUGCAGUACUGCGACGCCGUGAUUUUCAACCUGUCGCUACUCACUUCCGACGUCUACUUGCUGAUCUACUACACGAUUCGGGGAGAGAAGGUGCCCUGGCUCUUCGCCAUCGGGUUCGUGUUGACCGUUGCGGGCGUCAUCCUGUACACAGUGACCGAACCUGCGGAAGAGGGGGUGGAGGAGGUUGGCGGCGGCGGUGGCGAGGGACAUUCAAAUUGUUGUAAAAGAAAGGAAAGGACGGCGUCGUGGUCGCAAAACGUGGAAGAUCCGCGGCUCGUUUCGGAUCUUGAAAGAAAGGCACUCGAGGACAGCAGGACAAAUAGGAUGAAUCCGCGUGGCACCAGAGACGUGGUGUUUUUUUCACCAGAGCAGGAGGCCCGUCUUUACGAAGAAGAUCAAGAUUUGUACGCCGAUAGCGCGCGGGAUUUCGCAGGCAAAAAAUUGUCGAAACGAGCACAGAGGCUCCGGGCAACUGCAGCCGCUUCGGAAGAUCAUUCGCGUGGUGGUGCCGGCGGAGCGGUCAGUGCGCCGGGGAGUUCAGGUUAUUUCGGCAAACAAGAUGAGGGGGGCAGUAAGAGUGCUAGUACUUCCCGAACUGCGCCCUCCUCGUCUAUAGCUUUGAUAAAAGGGCCUGAGCUACUUUGAUAAAGAUGAGAUACUUUGAUACUUUCGUCCUUAACCAACGUCUGACAGGAAGGAUGUCAAAAGACGACUACCCUUUUAUUUUUGGCGACAGACACAAAUGUUUACGUGACGACGAAACACAACGACUCCCUUUGACUACUGCUACUGCACCAGUGCAGUGGGCGGUGGUGCAAUACAUACAUAGUUGUCAUAUUGGACUAAAUGAGUGAAAGAACGCUCUGAGUCUACCUUAUUUUGUGCCGCGUGAAGACGCAAUGGCAAUGAAAUGUAGAAGACACUUCGCUGGCGUUCCUCGAUCGACGCGGCAGCGAUGUUUUUGGUCUGGAGUUCG